UGUAAUUUCACACAAAAUGAUAUUCGAAAAUUGGCUUGUCAUCAUGUCUAACACUACAGUAUAAUACAGCAAUUUAUUGUUAUUUCGACUUAGAAAUAUGCUGAAAUAAGAUGUAACGUUGUUGUUAUUACGCUAAAUUUAUAAUUUUCGGUAAUUUUUGUAUUAUACGAGAACGCUAUUGAUGCCGCCGGGCGUUUCCUUAAUGUGAUGGGGUUUUGUUUAAGCUCUGAUGAUCUCUCGACCGCGAUCUUGCGCCGCAAGGAUAGGCCAAACCGUCUGAUCGUCGAGGAAGCUGUGAGCGAUGAUAACUCUGUCGUCGCCCUUUCACAGGCUAAAAUGGAGCAGCUACAGUUAUUCCGUGGAGAUACUGUACUAUUGAAGGGUAAACGCCGCAAAGAAACCGUCUGCAUUGUACUCUCAGAUGACAACUGCCCUGAUGAGAAGAUCCGCAUGAACCGUGUCGUACGGAACAAUCUCCGUGUGCGUCUCUCUGACGUUGUAUCCAUUGCACCGUGCCCCUCUGUCAAAUAUGGCAAACGUGUCCACAUUUUACCGAUCGAUGAUUCUGUGGAAGGUCUGACUGGAAACCUUUUCGAAGUGUACCUGAAGCCGUACUUCAUGGAAGCAUACCGGCCCAUUCAUCGUGAUGACACCUUUAUGGUUCGUGGUGGCAUGCGUGCCGUAGAGUUCAAAGUAGUGGAGACGGAUCCCGCCCCAUACUGCAUUGUAGCACCAGACACAGUUAUACACUGUGAGGGCGAGCCAAUUAAGAGAGAAGAAGAGGAAGAAGCAUUAAACGCAGUGGGUUAUGAUGACAUCGGUGGAUGUCGCAAACAACUCGCUCAGAUCAAGGAGAUGGUAGAGCUGCCCCUGCGACAUCCAUCAUUGUUCAAGGCCAUUGGAGUGAAGCCACCGCGUGGUAUCCUCAUGUACGGACCUCCGGGAACUGGAAAGACUUUGAUUGCUCGCGCUGUUGCUAAUGAGACAGGUGCAUUCUUCUUCCUAAUCAAUGGUCCGGAGAUCAUGUCCAAGUUAGCCGGAGAGUCAGAGUCCAACCUUCGCAAGGCGUUCGAGGAGGCCGACAAGAACUCGCCCGCUAUCAUCUUCAUUGAUGAAUUGGAUGCCAUCGCUCCCAAACGUGAAAAGACACACGGUGAAGUCGAGCGCCGUAUCGUGUCUCAGCUGCUAACGCUUAUGGAUGGUAUGAAGAAGUCGUCCCACGUGAUAGUGAUGGCGGCUACGAACAGACCGAACUCCAUCGACCCCGCGCUGCGUCGCUUCGGUCGUUUCGACCGGGAGAUCGAUAUCGGAAUCCCGGACGCCACCGGGCGAUUGGAGAUCCUUCGUAUCCAUACCAAGAAUAUGAAGCUAGGAGACGAUGUCGAUUUGGAACAGAUCGCGGCGGAGUCCCACGGGCACGUGGGCGCGGACCUGGCGUCGCUGUGCUCGGAGGCGGCGCUGCAGCAGAUCCGCGAGAAGAUGGACCUCAUCGACCUCGAGGACGACCAGAUCGACGCCGAGGUGCUCAACUCGCUCGCUGUCUCCAUGGACAACUUCCGCUAUGCGAUGACAAAAUCAUCACCAUCAGCUCUGCGUGAAACAGUAGUAGAAGUCCCCAAUGUGUCGUGGACAGACAUCGGAGGCUUGCAGAACGUGAAGAGAGAGUUGCAGGAGCUGGUCCAGUAUCCCGUGGAGCACCCCGACAAGUUCCUUAAGUUUGGAAUGCAGCCAUCUCGUGGUGUGCUGUUCUAUGGUCCGCCUGGUUGCGGUAAGACGCUGUUGGCUAAGGCUAUUGCUAAUGAAUGUCAAGCCAAUUUCAUCUCGGUAAAGGGUCCAGAACUGCUUACCAUGUGGUUUGGUGAAUCAGAGGCUAAUGUGCGAGAUAUUUUCGAUAAGGCCCGCUCCGCCUCCCCGUGUGUACUGUUCUUCGAUGAGCUGGACUCCAUCGCGAAGUCCCGCGGGGGCUCCGUGUCGGACGCUGGUGGCGCCGCCGACCGUGUCAUCAAUCAGAUCCUCACUGAAAUGGACGGCAUGGGAGCCAAGAAGAACGUCUUCAUUAUUGGUGCCACUAAUCGUCCGGACAUCAUCGACCCGGCUAUCCUCCGACCGGGGCGUCUGGACCAGUUGAUCUACAUCCCGCUGCCCGACGAGAAGUCUCGUGAGGCCAUCCUCCGCGCCAAUCUGCGCAAGUCGCCCAUCGCUAAGGACGUUGAUCUGUCUUACAUUGCUAAGGUGACGCAAGGGUUCUCGGGCGCGGACCUGACGGAGAUCUGCCAGCGCGCCUGCAAGCUCGCCAUCCGCCAGGCCAUCGAGGCCGAGAUCCACCGCGAGCGCGCGCGCCAGCAGCAGCAGCCGCAGGCCGUCAUGGACAUGGACGAGGAGGACCCCGUGCCGGAGAUCAGCCGCGCGCACUUCGAGGAGGCGAUGAAGUUCGCACGCCGCUCCGUGUCCGACAACGACAUCCGCAAGUACGAGAUGUUCGCGCAAACGCUGCAGCAGAGCCGAGGCUUCGGGACCAACUUCAGGUUCCCAACAAGUGGCGCGGCGUCAGGCGGAACUGGUACGUCGGGCGGCGACCAGCCCACCUUCCAAGAGGAGGGAGGCGAUGACGACCUCUACAGCUAGACGCCCGGCGCGGCCUGGCGAACAACACGGCGUAGCCACAGCGAAUACUAGUUAUAUCUUUACUGGCAACACUGGGGAUAUCCUCACAAGUUUAUAUAUCUACUGGCAACACAGCAGCCCUACGCGCGUGUCAAUCAUCUGUGAAAAUUUAAAAAAAUAAUUAUUUCAAUAUUAUGAAUGCUCACGAUCUACAAAAAGUCCCGGCCGAUCGGAACGUCAGUGAAAAUUGAACAUUUAAAAUCUAAUCCAUGUUGUUUUCAUUACAAAAAAAAAAAUGUGUGUAAAAGUAAUGCGAAUGUGAAAAUGAUGGUCAUAAAGCUAGUGAGUGGUGACAUUCGAUUAUCUGUCAGAAUUUAACGUGAGUGGAUGGGGAUGUCCUCAGUGUCGUCUUAUUGGGAUGGGAUUUUCGGUUUUAUCUGACUACGAUAUAAGUCAAUAAUAAAUAUUUACUUGUAAUAGAUGAAGUGUUACACAUAGUACAUUUUCUUAACUAAAAGUACGGUUUGCGAUUACACCGUUUUGUUUGCCAGUAUUUUUUUCCCGAUAGAAGAUAGCGUCGGCGGUCUGACCGUCGUCGAUACAAAGUGAACAUGUAAUGUAUUUAUUUUACGGUUCGUUUAGUUUCGCUUAUGUUUAGUGUCGUUUGAAUGCACCCGCUCGGCCGGGCCGUAUGACCCUAUGGUAUAUUGUAUCUCAGAUCCUUUGGGCGACGUCGAUAUGUCGACAUACACAGUAUCGCAGUGAUUUUUAAUAAAUAAAAGAUUUUUAUAGUCGUA